AUGAGUGAAGAAGAAUCUAAAUCCACAGAUCAUCAGCAUCCUACUGAGCAUUGCCAUGAGGAGGGGCACCAUCAUCAUCAACCAGGAGAGAAAUGCGAAAAAAUUAUCAUCAAGCCUCAAUAUAACAUUCAGUUCUAGCAUUUCGAUAUGGGAGGAUGGGAUUUUUAUCACUCUGAGUAUCCUAUGUUUAGCGCAAAAUAAUUAGACUAAGUGUCAGAUUUAGUGGGGACAAUGAGUAUGCCAGAAGUAUUUUACGGGUUCAACAGAUUAUUCAUCGUGAACACUGCUAAAGAUAUUCUCCUUGAGUUUGCCCCUGUUGAAGCUUUAAGUUUAGCAAGUUUUACUAAGAGAGAAGUCUUAGCAAAGAAAGGAGAGCAAUCAAUAGAUUAAUAGCUUGAGGCUUUGAAUUUAAACCUUUCAUAAAAUGAACUCGGUCUCAAUAAAAUAGACCUGGUUCCUAAGAAUAUAGAAGUGAAGGAUGCCUUUAUAUGGAAAAAGAAAGAUAUGACAAAGGUAAAGGAUUUCAAGUAGAUUGAGGUAAUUUCUGAUUGGACAUACUCUUCAACUUACAAGGGGAAUGUCAGAUAUCUCUCCAAUCAUGAAACCCGCUUGAAGCAGGAAACAACUCUUGAAUUACAUUCCAAGGGUGACGGCAAUAUUAGAAUAGAAUCUACUGAGGAAGCUAUUCCCUUAGAUAAACUUGGAAGAGAGAACCCAAUCCUUCACUUUGGAGAGGUUUUCCUCUAUGAAGACGAUCUUGGUGAUUAGGGAUAUACUAGAAUGCAAAUUAGAUUCAGAGCAAUGAAGGACUGCUUCUACGUUUUGGUCAGAUACUAUCUAAGAGUGGAUGAAGUCUUAGUGAGAGUGUUUGAUACCAGAAUUUAUCAUGAGUUUGAUCAAGAUUAUAUUCACAGAGAAUUCCAACACAAAGAAAGCACAUAUGAUCAACUCAGAGCUAAAGAUUUUAAUCUUAAUAGUGAUUGGAGUUUGAGCAAAACUCAAAGCGAUGAAGUAUUCCCACACUUAGAUCUCUAGUUUAAAUGCUUAGAUAAGGUAUUCUUUUGA